AUGAAUGCGGGUGUCCAGGGACGGGUAUUACUUGUCCAACAACAACUACUUCAACAACGACAAGCACAUCCACUACAUCAACGAGUUCAACCUCUUCGACUUCAACUACUAGCACGUCUGCGACAUCAACCACUAGUACAAGCACAUCAUCUACAGAAAGCACAUCAUCAACAAGUACGAGCACAAGUACCACAUCAUCUUCAACAAGCACAGCAUCAACAAGUACGAGCACGAGUACCACAUCAACAACCAGCACCACCAGCACAACAUCUACUUCAACAACAUCGACUACGAGUACUACAAGUUCGACGAGCACGACUUCUACGUCCACAACAUCGACAAGUACCACAAGCACGUGCCGGAGCAACGGAAAAAAGAAAGAAAAAGGGUAAAGAUUUCGAAUUCUACUAUAUUGGUUCAGUAGAUGAAAAUCUAGAAACAACAAUAACAAGUAUUGAAGGAGUCAACACAUCGAGCGAAUGCUUAUUACCGGAAUUUAACAGAUUAAAACAAUCUCUGUCGGUAUCUACAAAGCCGGACGAGAGUUAUACUGCUUAUAAAGGUCGUCGGCAAAGUACAAAAAGUACCAGCAGUGGAUAUUUGUCAAUCGAUCUGAAUGUUAGUAGUUUUUUAAAUGAAUCAUUAACAAGUUUUGGUUACGGAGCGCAGAAAUCUGGAGUAAGUGUAGCAAGAAUGAAAAAAAAACAACUAAAAAACAGUGCUGAACUGUUCGGUAAUUCUUCAAUGAUACCGCCGAUUACUCCAGUACAUGAUACCAUACCAGAAGUAGAACCUAUCAUAAUUCGCCCUGUUACGGUCAGUAAAUUACCAAGAGAAAUUUCAACACGAUCAUGCAGUCGUUAUAUUGAUGCCACAGCUGACAAUAGUGCUGAAACACGACCACAUAGUAUCGUUUCACAAUCUAGAGUAAGUGUACAUCUUUCAGAAUCUAUACCUUCAACACGUAAUGGUCCAAACAGUACAGUCAAUGUUUAUAAAUUGAAACGCGUGAAAAGUUCAUCAUCCUCCAGUAAUGAUCAUCCACCAAAUGUAAUUGAAACAAUAAAACUCGAAACUCUUCAACAAUCAACGAAUCCUAGUUGUUCUGAAACAGCUGAAAAACAACCGGCCGGUGAUGGUAUUACUGUUAGCAAAGUAUUAAGAGAACGAACAUCGAAAAUAAAGCGUCCGGUAUCUCCAUCACCCAGUACGCGUACAAGACCCAAAUCAUUACAAAUUAUUAGUGAAAAUAAUUUUAGUAAAAAAGAAGAACGUCGUGCUAGUGAUCUUCAAAACCGUAAAAUUCGUUCUGACUCAGCUGUCAGCGUUGUCAAAGUAAAACGUGUUCAAACUACCUCAAAAUCAAAAACUCAUCCUAUGAUUGUGUCGGAUAUAGAGUUAGAUACAAAACAACCAAAUAUACAUGAAAACACAAGAAAAAGUGCCACGAUUAACAACAGCACAUCACCCGCAGAACCACAAAUAAAAUCAGCUAAAAGUUCCCAAGGAAAGAGCAAAAGUGUAACGGUGACAAAAAUUUCACGACUAAACACUGCAAAAGUCAGUGAUAUUCCCACUGGUCCAAUAGUAAUAGAAGUGAAUACGUCUUCAGAAAAUACUCAAGCGGAUAGUAGUACUAAUCAGAUCACCAAAGAAUGA